CGUUGCGCGUUGAUCGCGCGUCUAUUGCGACGAACGUGCUACGGACUACGGCGGCAAGGAAUAGAGCGGCGUUGGUUGCGUUUCUGAGUUUAUAAUACACCUGAGUACGGGAGACUGUGAUCUGAGGUAGCGUCGUCAGGUUGAUAACGAAAGGGUGAAAACGCGCGUAUAAUACAUACAUAGGUGGAAUAACCAGGUUUGCGACGUGGGUGAGCGGUGUCGAGGGUGCGCGAGUUAGUUAAGUUUAAGGAAUAAGAUGUCUUCGCCGAACAAGAAGGUGAAGAAGCUGGAGGAUCCAGGAUCGGGGGACGGAGACGCGCGCGACUAUGAUCUCGAGACGCAAAAGGCGCUGGAAGAGAUUGACGGAUGUCAGAACCAAAUCGAUGGACUGAACGAGAAAGCUAGCGACGAGAUACUGGAAGUCGAGAAGAAGUACAACAAGCUGCGCAAGCCGUACUUCCAGAAGCGUAACGAGAUCAUCAAAAGGAUACCCAACUUCUGGGUAACCGCAUUUGUAAAUCACCCACAAAUAGCACCUAUACUUGAGGAAGAAGAGGAGGAUGCGCUGCGGUAUUUGAACAAGUUGGAAGUCGAAGAGUUUGAAGACAUAAAGUCAGGGUACAGAAUCAACUUCCACUUUGACGAGAACCCGUAUUUUGAGAACGAUGUUCUCACCAAAGAAUUUCACCUUGGCUCUUCUGGAGAUCCAGCGUCGCAAAGUACGCUUAUUCGCUGGAAGGAGAAUGGGGAUCUGACGAAACGAGCUAAAGACAAAGGAUCCUUGAAGGGAAGGAAGAGGCCACUUGUUGGGCACAAGACGUUCUUUGACUGGUUCACGGAUCACGGGGAUCCAAGCUCAGAUGACAUAGCGGAGCUUAUCAAGGAUGACAUGUGGCCAAAUCCAUUACAGUAUUACCUGGUGCCGGACAUUGAUAUCGAAAAUGGAAUCGAGGGCGACGAUGAUGAAGUUGACAGUAACGAAGACGAGGAUGAAGAUGGUGACGAAGGCGAAGACGGAGGUGAAGGUGAGGAGGGAGAUGACAGUAUAGUGGUUGUUGAAGAUGAUGCCGACGAGGAAGAUGAGGAGGAAGAAGCUGACGGGGAUGGAGAGGGAGUCAAUGACGAGGGAGACAUGAUGGUGGAUGAUGAAGCGGAACAGGACGAUGGGAAAGAACCAGAGUAAUAAGCGCACAUUGGAAAAGAUCCUGAGAUCCGUUACAAUAUGGAUGGAACAUUGGUAAAAGCAUAUACGAUAAAUAGUUGUGAACCGAACAGUACGUAGUAAAUUACGACUAUUCGGUACAGACGCAUCACAGAAAAACAAAAACUAAUCAGAUAU